UAGACAAACCACCAAACCAUACAUAGCUCAUCAUCUUUCUCCUUCUUCUUCUUCAUCUUUCAUCCAUCUUCAUCCAAAAAACAAUGCAAAUUGAGUUACCAAACAUGAACUCCUUCAUUGAGGAAUCACUAGGCAGAGCACAAGACCAAAAGAACUCCGAAACCGAUGAUCAAAUCGAAAGAACAGGAACAUUGUUGACAGCCACUUCACAUAUAAUAACUAGUGUGAUUGGUUCCGGUGUAUUGUCCUUAGCAUGGGCCAUUGCACAAUUAGGAUGGAUUGCUGGCCCUGCUACUCUUCUUGCAUUUGCAUUCAUUACUUGGUUUUGUUCGGCUUUGCUCGCCGAUUGUUAUCGUUCUCCCGAUCCGAUCAAUGGCAAAAGAAAUCACACUUACAUGGAUGCUGUCAAAGCCAAUCUCGGUGGUGUAAAGGUUCAACUCUGUGGAUUGGCUCAGUAUGUGAUGCUCAUUGGUGUCACAAUUGCUUAUAUUAUAACCUCCGGGAUUAGUAUGGUAGCAGUUAAAAGAUCGAAUUGUUUUCAUAAGAAUGGGAUUCAUGCAGAGUGUUAUGUUUCACCGAGCUUUUAUAUACUCAUCUUUGCAUGCAUUCAAAUAGUUCUAUCUCAAAUACCAAAUUUUCACAAGAUUUGGGGGCUCUCUAUAAUUGCUGCAGUUAUGUCCUUUGCUUAUUCUUUGACCGCACUUGGCCUUUCUAUUGCUAUGGUUGCAGAAAAAGGGUUGGGAAGGAGUAGUUUGACAGGAGCAACAAUUGGUGUGGAUGUAUCUGCAAGUGACAAAGUUUGGAGGGUUUUUCAAUCAUUUGGAAACAUUGCUUGUGCUUUCACUUACUCAAUGGUUCUAAUUGAGAUUCAGGAUACAUUGAAAUCAAGUCCACCAGAGAACAAAGUGAUGAAAAAGGCCUCAUUAAUAGGAGUGACCAUCACCACAAUGUUUUACAUGUUGUGUGGAGUGUUUGGCUAUGCAGCUUUUGGUAACAAUGCUCCUGGUAACAUGCUCACUGGAUUUGGUUUCUACAACCCUUUCUGGCUUGUUGAUCUUGCCAACAUUUGCAUUGUCAUCCAUCUCAUUGGUGCCUACCAGGUAUUCUCCCAACCAAUAUUCCAGUUUGUAGAGAGUUCAACUCAUAGGAAAUGGCCAGAGAACUAUUUUCUGAAUUAUGAACAUCUCAUUACCAUUCCGAUGAUCGGCCAGUAUCGGCUGAGCUUUUUCCGACUAGCAUGCCGAACAUUAUACAUCGCGGCGACCACUUUCAUUGCGAUGAUCUUCCCCUUCUUCAACGACUUUAUCGGUUUGGUCGGCGGCAUCGCCUUUUGGCCUCUCACUGUGUACUUCCCUGUAGAGAUGUACAUCAAGCAAGCCAAGAUUUUAAGGUUCUCUGGACCAUGGUUUUGGUUACAUCUUAUGAGUUCAAUUUGCUUUGUUGCUAGUGUACUUGCUGCUGGUGCUUCAAUUCAAGGUCUUUCCCAUGAUUUUGGAAAUUAUCACCCCUUUAAAAAUAUCUAAUGUCUAAUAUAUAUAUAUGUCAUAAAGUGUGUAUGAUGAAAAUUAAGUUGUAUAUAUAGUGUAAGCAACUUGUUCUCAAGUAUAAAGAUCAUGCUAUUUGGUGUGCUUUUGUAUCAUUUAAA